AUGAUAUACAGCGCUGUGGGUCUCGGGGCUUCUGGCUUCUGGUCAUGCAGGUUUCAGUUUAGUCAGAUUAGUCAGGCUUGCUCAUGGCCUUGCAAUGCCAAGGCCUCUGGCAAAGCCAAAGUGCCUCCGUCCUUGAACAAUGGGCAGAUUCAGAUCCAGAAGAAGCUUGGUGCAGGCUGCUUUGGCGAGGUAUAUCGGGGUUUCCAUUCUGGCACCAAGGAGGACGUAGCAAUCAAGUUCGAGGCAUUGCAGAACCAGUCGCUCCAGUUGCGACACGAGGGUGAGAUGCUGAACUUGCUGCGCCUCCCCACACAACCUCAGGGCUUUGCCAAGUUCUUCUAUUUUGGCCAAGAGGGCAACUUCAACUGCCUGGCCAUGGAGUUCUUGGGCAAGAGCUUAGAAGACCACGUGCAGCUGUGCAGCGGGCGCUUCACAUCCAAGACUGCGUGCCUAGUCGCGCAGCAGGUGCUUGUACGAAUCGAGUACCUUCAUUCCAGAGGAGUGGUGCACAGAGACAUCAAGCCAGAGAACUUCAUGUUUGGUGUCGGCAGCAAAGUGCACCACCUCUACCUUAUUGACUUCGGCUUGAGCAAGAGAUACUGGGACAAGAAGCACGUGCUUUCCACCCAGAAGCUGAGCCUCACGGGCACAGCCAGGUAUGCGUCGUUGAACGCCCACCGUGGCUUCGAGCAGAGCCGGCGCGAUGACUUGGAGGCCAUCGGGCACAUGCUGAUGUACUUCCUGCGAUCCUCGCUCCCUUGGUCCGGCCUGGAGGCUCGAACCAAGAAGGAGAAGUAUCAAAAGAUCAAGGAGAAGAAGGAGAGCACAGAGCUUUCAGAUCUGUGUGCAGGACAUCCAGAAGCUUUUCAGGCUUACCUAGAGUAUGCCAGAAAUCUCGGCUUCAAGGAUCGCCCGGACUAUGUCAUGCUUCGGAAGCUGUUCGCCAAUCUAAGGGCCAAAAUAGAGCGAGACGAAGGACGUCCAAUCCAGGACUGUGACUUCGAGUGGCUCGAGGGCAAGCAGCUUGGCGAGCUUGAGCCUCUGCUGCCAUACGACAACCUGGGGCAGCCAGAUGACGAGCAGGCUGCCACGGAGCGGCCGCGCGGCCUUUGCUGCCUCUGUGGCGGAUCCCAGGCAGUGGUUUGUCGAGUUUUGUGUCAACCAGCAUUUCCGUGCCGACAAACCCGCUUUGGGAUGACCUGUGGCACCUGCAUCUCAGUUCGCUGGGAACCUCUUCGGAUGGGCCUCUCCUUGCAGAAACCCACAUCUCGAUGUCCUGGCACUCAAAACGGUCGCUUCGGCCGUCGUAUGCACCCAUGCGGACACCCACGUUUCGGUGGGGACACGGGAGGCAACCACAGGCCAACUCCGAUGACGAUGACCGCCACCAUAAGAACCACCACGGCCGACCCGACCACGAUGUCGGCUGCGUCGAUGACGACGACCAGCAUCAAUGCCAGCAUCACUAACGCUGAAUGCAACUGGGGUUUCACACACCCGGGCUUAAAGUGA